GCACUUCAUUGGUGGUUUUCCUCAGAUAUUGAUAAUCAGUCCGAUGUGGUUUUGUAGCAAUGUAAGCCAAUUUAUUCAAGCAGUUUGUGAUCAACGCAACAAAGAAGAUGAGCAUCUCGUACCAUCUGCUCACAAUAGUGCUUUCUACAGUGAAGAGAUUUUAAAGCUAGCCAACCGAUCUUUUCCUGGCUGUGCACCUCAGGAAGUCAAGAAAUUACUUGAAUUAUCAGGUGUUAUUUUUAAUAUCGCCAAUUCUUUAUCUGGCAGUGAAAUCAAUGAUUCAGAAGUCUAUGUUGCAAAGUUGAAAUCUCCAUCUACAAGUACUCCAAAUUAUCACUCUUCUUACCUUAUUCCAGGCACUUUACGAGUUGAAAGUUUGCCUCCAGUAAGCGGUCAAGCUGUCUUUCCCAUAGCUUUGAGAGUUCCAGGGAUCCACCUCACAGAUAUUCCAUUGACUGUUUUCCAUGAAGUUGUUUCAAUGCUCACGAAGCGUUUUCCAUUGGCUGUCAAGUGUACACGAUAUGAGGCCAGGUUCAACGUCCAGCCAAAUCAUGUUCUGCAGCUUGUCCACAAGAGAGAUUACGCUUGCAUCAUGGCCAGCGUAUAUGUAGAAACUCAAGAUCCAACAUUCAUGUCAACAGCUACUGCUGUAGUGUGCGUGAGUAUUAGAGAUUUGCUUAGUUUUUACAUUAAGCAACAGUUAGAUGGGACUGUAGGCCUUCAGUUUGCAGCAGUCACCGAAAUCAAUUGUGAUGAUCAAGUUGUACUUGAUUUUGUUGACUUGGGCACUGCUAACGUGACACCAACUGAUCAACUGUACUCAGUUGGAAACCAUCCCUUCUAUCCACCAGACAAUUUCUAUCUGUGGUUUGGCAGUGUAGGAAAGCCUACAUUUAUUCGAAAGAAUUUUGAUGAAUUACUAGUACAAUUGAAUGAUUCUUCUAUCGACAUUGUCCGAGCUGCAGCUUCUCUAUUUAAAAGAUGGGAAGUUGCACAAGCCGAGAUGGAAAAGCUAGUGCUUUGUGAUCCUUCUUCUAGAGCCUUUGUGUUUCUUUUAAUGCUUCAGAAACGGGGUGAAAGAGGAUUCCGCAUGCUCAAGGGUAUCUUAGAAGAUCCCUCACUGAGAGGGGCACAUGAUGUCCAACUGCCUCAUCAGAAAGAACAAACUUCUGAGGGAUUGUAUUCCAAAUCAGAUUCUAGAUCACUUAUAAUUACAAAAGGUGAAGAACCAAAGAGCUUGUCAGCACAACUGUCUGAUGAAGUAGAAAGAGAUAGUCUGCCACAGAUCAAUGGUUCUGCCAGUCCUUCAAUUGCAAAUCAAGUGAAGACUGCAAGACCACCACAUCAGAACCCUACGGUUAGGUCAGCCAAUCAAAACCUUAAAGGUUUGGGGCAAGACUUGUCACAACACGAUUCUGAGAAUAAGGAGCCUGAACAGAUGAUACCUCGAGGACAAGAUCAUUCAAAUGAUAGUCGUGUAAUGGUGAAAUCUAGUAGCUCAGUUAACGUUGCAAACGGUUCAACUAGGGUAACUUCAGAUCAAAUAAUUACUGUGUCUUUGAAUGGUUCUGAAGAAGUUGAAGUAUCUUCUCCUUUGGAAAUCCAAGUAACUCAACAAGAGAAAGAAGAACCAAAGGUUAAUCCAAUGUUUGAAUGUAAAUUUCGACACAUUGAAGAGGCGACAGGGCACUUUGAUGACAAGCCUCUUCGUGAAGGAGGAAAACGCUUGGCAUACGGCCAGUUUAGUACUGUUUACUGUGGAGUCUUGCACUCUGAACAAGGGCAGAAGUUUGAGGUUGCUAUUAAAAAGCUAAGAAAUGCCUCAAGUCUGAAUAGUAAGCAAAUGGAGUUAAGUCGCCACAAAUUCGACACAGAAAUAUACAUUCUGACAAGGUACAUCCAUCCAAACAUAGUCAAACUACUAGGCUUCUCAAGUGAUGGGCCGCAGCUGUGUCUCCUGUAUGAGUACAUGUCAGGAGGAUCACUCUCACAAAGGUUGGAUUGCAAGCAUAACUCUGCUCCCCUUGAAUGGCGUCACAGACUGACGAUAGGUCAAGACAUUGGAUUGGCAUUGGAGUUCUUACACACAAGAUACCGUCGACCUGUUAUACAUCGUGAUGUCAAGUCUUCUAACAUUUUGUUGGGACCAAAACUGGAGGCUAAGCUAAUCGACUUAGGUUUAUCCAUUUUUGGUGAAGACCAACAAGAAGCUAGUAACAGGUCACGAUUAGGGACUGUUCCUUACUUGCCACCUGAGACAUUAUCCACGGGCAUUGUGUCCUGUAAGACUGAUGUGUAUGCCCUAGGAAUGGUGCUAUUGGAGUUGGUGACAGGACUGCCGCCGUACUCAAAGAAGAAAGCACAAGAUUUGAGGCAGUAUAUUAGUUACAUCGAAGGACAGAACGUCAAGCUGGUGAACAUGCUUGAUCCGAAAGCCAAGUGGCCAAAAGGACAGGAAAGCUAUCCUUUCGGUCUAAGACUACUUGAUAUAGCCAAGUCGGCUACAACAGUCACUUACAAACAAAGGCCAGAAAUCUCACCUAUUUUAGUGCAAUUGCAAGAGCUAGCUGAUCGUGUGGAGUCACAGUAGAGCAAUUUUUGCCACUUUAUAUUACUGUUAUUGCUUGCUGACAUUCUGUUAGAACUUUUAUUAAUUGAAAUAUGUGGUUGCCUGCAAACUUAUCUAAAUGUGCGCAAUUAAGUGUGUAGCCAAUGCUGUUUGCCCAUUCUUGCUGUAGGAUGUGUGACUGUUUACAGUUGUC